AUGGCCGCUUCCAAGCCCGCUUACAAGGUCGCUGACAUCAGCCUUGCUGAUUUCGGACGCAAGGAAAUCACCAUUGCCGAAAAUGAAAUGCCAGGACUUAUGGCCAUGCGCGCCAAGUACGGACCAAGCAAGCCUUUGAAGGGAGCCCGUAUUGCUGGAUGCCUCCACAUGACCAUCCAAACUGCCGUCCUCAUCGAGACCCUCGUUGAGCUCGGAGCCACCGUCCAGUGGUCAUCUUGCAACAUCUUCUCCACCCAAGACCACGCUGCUGCUGCUAUCGCCGCCGCCGGAGUCCCAGUCUACGCCUGGAAGGGAGAGACCGAUGAGGAAUACGAAUGGUGCAUUGAGCAAACUAUCGUCUGGCAAGAUGGACAACCACUCAACAUGAUCCUUGAUGAUGGAGGUGAUCUUACCAACCUUGUCCACCAAAAGUACCCACAAUACAUCGCCGGAAUUCGUGGUCUUUCUGAGGAAACCACCACCGGAGUCCACAACUUGGCCAAGAUGCUCGCUAAGGGAGAACUCAAGAUCCCAAGCAUCAACGUCAACGACUCCGUCACCAAGUCCAAGUUCGAUAACCUUUACGGAAUCCGUGAGUCUCUUCCUGAUGGAAUCAAGAGAGCCACUGAUGUUAUGCUCGCCGGAAAGGUCGCCGUCGUCGCCGGAUACGGAGAUGUCGGAAAGGGAUCUGCUGCUUCCCUCAAGGCUUUCGGAUCUCGUGUUAUCGUUACCGAGAUCGACCCCAUCAACGCUCUCCAAGCCGCCAUGGAAGGAUACGAAGUCACCACCCUCGAGGAGGCUGCACCAAAGGCCAACAUCGUCGUUACCACCACUGGAUGCAAGGAUAUCGUCACCGGAAAGCACUUCGAGCUUCUUCCAAAUGACGCCAUCGUCUGCAACGUCGGACACUUCGAUUGUGAAAUCGAUGUUAAGUGGUUGAACAACAACGCCGCCAGCAAGGACACCGUCAAGCCACAAGUCGACAGAUACACCUUGAAGAACGGACGUCACAUCAUCCUCCUCGCCGAAGGAAGACUCGUCAACUUGGGAUGUGCCACUGGACAUCCAUCUUUCGUCAUGUCCAACUCCUUCACCAACCAAGUCCUCGCUCAAGUUGAGCUCUGGACCAAGUUCGGAACCCCACAAGAAUACAAGAUCGGACUCUACGUCUUGCCAAAAUCUCUUGAUGAAGAAGUCGCUGCUCUCCAUCUUGAGAAGCUCGGAGUUAAGCUUACCAAGCUCAGCACCGAACAAGCUUCUUAUCUCGGAAUCCCAAUCGAAGGACCAUACAAACCAGAUCACUACAGAUAUUAA